AUGCCCGACCCUCAGUCCUCAUCCUCCUCCACGACGGCCAAGGAAGACCCUGUCGAUGUCGAGUUCCAACAACCUCGGAACAGCGUCCCGCAUUGGUUUCUGGUCCUCAACCCGGCCGGCGUCACCGACGACGUGCUCUACUACGACUACCCCGGCCAAGGCACACCCGAGUCGCCCUAUGUCGUUGACUUUUUACCCGAUGAUGCGAGCAACCCUCGGCAGUUCCCGCAGGCCAAGAAAUGGACCAUCACCAUGUUGCUGGCUGUUGCCACCCUGGCGGUGGCCUUCGUGAGCACGGCAUAUUCGGGCGGCGUUUUCGAGAUUGUCCGAUACUUUGGAGUGUCGACUACGGUGGCUAUUCUUGGUAUCUCUCUUUUCGUGCUUGGGUUUGCCAUAGGGCCACUGCUUUGGGCGCCUCUUAGCGAAUUUUACGGGAGACAAAUCAUCUUCUUAAUCACUUACAUGGCCCUGACGGCCUUCAACGCCGGUGCCGCUGGAGCCCAGAACAUCGAGACGCUUAUCAUCCUGCGGUUCUUCGCCGGCUCCUUCGGAGCCUCGCCGCUGACCAACUCCGGCGGCGUCAUUGCCGACAUGUUUGAAGGGAGAGAACUGGGAAUUGCGGCAAGCGCCUUUGCCAUGGCACCAUUCCUCGGUCCCUCCAUCGGGCCCAUCGUAGGCGGUUUCCUGGGCGAAGCCAAAGGCUGGCGUUGGAUCGAAGGUCUCAUGGCCAUAUUCACGGGCGUCGUGUGGAUCGCCUGCGCGUUGUACGUCCCGGAGACGUACGCCCCGGUAUUGCUGCGGCGGCGGGCCGCCCGGCUUUCCAAAAUGACGGGCAAGACGUACAUCUCCAAGCUGGACCUCGCCACGAGCGGACAACCCAGGUCUCAACAGAUCAAAACCACGCUCUCCCGGCCCUGGGUGCUCCUCUUCCGCGAGCCCAUCGUCUUCCUGACGUCCAUCUACUUGGCCAUCGUCUACGGGACGCUGUACAUGCUCUUCGCCGCGUUCCCCAUCGUGUUCCAGCUCAAUCGGGGGUGGAGCGCGGGCAUUGGCGGGCUGGCCUUUGUCGGCGUGGCCGUCGGCAUGGUCUGCGCCGUGGGGUGCAUCGUCGUCGACAACUCCCGGCGGUACGUGCGCGUCGCCGAGACCAGCCCCGGCGGGGUGGCCCCGCCCGAGGCAAGGCUCCCGCCCGCCAUCGUCGGCUCCGUGCUCCUCCCCGCGGGGCUGUUCUGGUUCGCGUGGACCAACGGGCCCGAGGUGCACUGGAGCGUGCCCAUCAUUGCUUCGGCAUUCUUCGCGGCGGGGCUGGUCGCCGUGUUCCUGUCGCUGCUGACCUAUAUGAUGGACAGCUACACCGUGUAUGCGGCGUCCGUGCUGGCCGCCAACUCGGUGCUCCGCUCCCUGUUCGGCGCCGCGUUCCCGCUCUUCACCACCUACAUGUACCGCGACCUCGGCAUCCACUGGGCCAGCACCGUGCCGGCGUUUCUGGCGCUGGCGUGCGUGCCCUGCCCCCUGCUGUUCUACUGGUACGGUGCCAGAAUCAGGAAAUCGUGUCGGUAUGCUGCCGAGGCCGCGGCGCUGUCUGAGAGACUGGUGCAGGCGCAGCAUGGAGACGCAGUGUCGGGUGGCGGAAGGGCUCUGCCGGUCAGUGAGAGUCGAGGGGUUUUGAGCGAGGAUGAGGGGCCAGUGGCUGGGCAUGGAAAGGAGAUGAGGGAGAAGACAAGCAUCGCUGGACGAUGGCCGGCUCAGAGAGAGUAUUCUUCGUGA